CGGGAGCCCGUCGCCUUGAGGGGACGCUUGCCAUGCUGGCGGCCCCGGCAGCUCCGCCGCUUGCCCGGUGCCCCCGAGCGUCGCCCGGCGGCCGGGAGGCGUGUCCCCGCCAGAUGGGCCCUACCCUGAACGGCGCUGGCCGAGCGUCGGCGGAGACGGCGCCGGCCGCCUCCCGUGCAGGGAAGGCCUGAGUUACGCUUGCAGGUAGAGCCUCCUAGGCUGUCGUGACGUGACAUGACAUGAGCAUUCGUUACCAAAAACAUUUUUAACCGUGUGAUGGAGGAGAGUGAAUGCUACUCUUCUGCUUUGGUAAACGUUCCUUGAAAGAGUUUCAUUAUUUUUUUCUUACUUUACCAGUUGUUGUCCUGAUCGUUUGUUUUCUUUUUUCCCCUAGAAGGAAAGAACACAGAAUUUCCUACUUAGGCGUUAUGAUGUGAUUUGUUCCUUUAUUUCAGUAAGCUGCAAUGUCAUGAUGGCAUUUUCAGGCUGACCAAUUUUACCAUCAGAACUACUGAAAGAUAAAUAGGAAGAAGUUCUGUCAUGGCUUUUCCAGCCUUUUUGCUGUUUCAAUAGUACUUCUACCAUGACUUUCUCCUGUGUUGUCAAAUGCUGAAUAACUUUAGUGAGUUUCCGUGUGCUGUUCUAGUAUAUUUAAGUAUCUUAAAAGAGAACACAUACAACUGUGUGCUUUAGAUAAAGCUCUAAAUAUACCUCCUGUCACUGAGGAAUGGAUCUUACUCGGUGAAAGGAAGACAGAUGACUAGAAAUACAGGAAAAGUGAAUUUAUGGAAUAAAAUUCUUUGCAUCUGUCCAAGGAAGCAGAAUUGGGUCUGUUUUGAAGGUGCCAAGUUGUACAUAAUAUGCCAGUGCUAUUGGUAUAUACAGAGGUCUUCACCACACAGGAUAUAGAAAUAACAGUAGUGUUGCAGUCUGCAGAGACUCUGCAAUUGAAAGGUAAUGGGCCCUGUCAUGAUCGAAGUUGUGUUUACAACCAGAGCAACAUAGUAGAUGGAGUUUACUGCCUCCCAAUAGCACACUGGAUUGAAAUCUCUGGACAUACUGAUGAGAUGAAACAUACAACUGACUUCUAUUUUAAUAUUGCAGGACAUCAAGCUAUCCAUUAUUCCAGAAUUCUGCCAAACAUCUGGUUGGGAAGUUGCCCUCGGCAGCUGGAGCAUGUGACCGUCAAGCUGAAGCACGAGCUGGGUGUUACAGCUGUGAUGAACUUCCAGACCGAAUGGGAUAUCGUUCAAAAUUCCUGGGGCUGCAACCGCUACCCGGAACCUAUGAGCCCUGAAAUCCUCAUGAAACUGUAUAAAGAGGAAGGUAUUGCUUAUGUCUGGAUGCCAACCCCAGACAUGAGCACUGAAGGAAGAAUACAGAUGUUACCACAAGCUGUCUGCCUCUUGCAUGGGCUGCUGGAGAAUGGACACACUGUCUAUGUUCACUGCAAUGCUGGCGUUGGCAGGUCUACAGCUGCUGUCAGUGGCUGGCUGAAAUACGUGAUGGGAUGGAGCGUACGGAAAGUGCAGUACUUUUUGGCUUCCCGGAGACCAGCUGUCUACAUAGACGAGGAAGCUCUGAAUCGUGCUGAAGAUGAUUUCUACCAGAAAUUUGGACAUCUUCAUUCCUCAUGCAAAAUACAAGAGUAAAAAGCAGAAGAGGUAAAGGAAGGUGAAGACGAAUCCUUACAUUUGCACCCCAAGGAUUUAGAAAUCAUGAAUCAGAUGAUUGCCUCUCCUCUUCAGAUUAUAAACUUGUCGUAAAAGUAAUGAGAAUUUUGUUUAAAAAGUGCCUUUGAGGAUUUUUUAUUUGCUUUCUUUAAGCUGAUAUUUUUCAUGUUUUCAGGCCUUUUGCUGCAAGUAUGAGACCUGGAAACUCUGCAAAGUGAAACUAAGAUUUUCUUUUAACUACUUGCCUACAGGAGCUGAGGUUUUAGGGUAGACAUGAAGUGAAAUGUAGUUGGCAAUAUAAGAAGAAGAAGGAGGUAUUCUCAGAAAAAAAGGUUAUGCAAAGGUUGACUGGAUUAAGGUUCAGGUUAGGAUGGAGCUGAUCAUCUUUAAAGCUUCUCAGUUAUUUUAGGUGGAGUAUACAUUAUUGAAGUGUUUUCUAGUAAUUUUGUAGACAGGUGGUAUUAGUGAAAAAGACCAGAAGGGAAGUGAUUUUUCAGCUCAGUUUCUUAAACAAAAAGCUAAUGUCUAAUGCAGUGAACUAAGAUUUGCUCUCUUUGCCUAUCUAGUUAAUGCUAAAUAUUAUGAGUUACAGCUAGGUUCUUUUAUGACACUGGCGUUAGCGGGGAUGUGUCAUGAAGAGAGGAAACAGAUCCACUUAAUGCAGCUUUACUCUGUUGCAGGGAAGGACUACUAUUUAUUACAUUAUCCUAUGUGUGAGAUCUCUAAUCAAAGAUACAUUUUGGUCUUCUGGACCAUACAGUGCUGUACAGUGGGCUCCCUAGGUGCCAGGUCAAUCUAAGCAGUAACCACUGGGCUAAAACAGGGCCAGUAGGAACUGUGUAAUAAAUCUCAGCACAUGAUUGACACCACAGUCUCUGUGUUGUUGACCUAGAUUAAUUUCUUCACUGUAGCAAAAGUCUUUUCUUGUGCAAACAGUGUGUGGAUGUUCACAGAUGCUAGAUUUAGCCUGUUGAAGCUAAUGCUGGACUAUCUCCGGGGUGAAUUAAGUGAAUACAUUCCUCUCUAGGAGCAAAGAGCAACUCUGAGAAGUGUUUCUCAGGAGCUUAACGUCAGUAGGCUGAAGUUGGCUUCAUGGAUGAUCCCUAAUGUUUUCCAGGGUGGCUUAGUCCUUUAGCAAAACUAAGCAGUGGCACCAAGAGCUUUCAGUACUGCUCAGGUAAAAUCAAUUUGCUGUAGGUUAAGUCCAAGAGAGAAGGGAGAAAAGGCAUUUCCUAAAGAACAAAGGAUUAAGGAUGCAUAAACAUGAUGAAAUCUAAUUUCUGUAGGUUUAUUCUUUAGUGAAAUCUCUUUUUUUCUGCCAACUUGUUCCUCUGAAGACCCAGUCAGUGCCAGAGUGGUUUAGCUGAUAUAUAUGGAUUGUCUGAACACUUAAUGGAGAAAUUAUUAGAUAUGAACUGAUAUGGAGAAUGUCGAGAAUAACAUUUUAUUUAUCCUAUACUUCAAUCAUCUUCAAAAGGGAAAAAUGUUUAUUUAAGUUAUUCUGUAUGUGUGGUUUUUGCUUCUGAUAUUUUGAAAUAACACUGCCUGUUUAGAAAAUGGAUGAGAAAAGUUGUCUAUUAAAUAAAAACACAAUGACAAUUCCA